AGUCAUAACAAAGAAUGAGGAAAGUUUUUAUGUACAGGAAUGGAACAAUCUCCAAGUUACACUCAGUUAAAAGCAAAGUACGAGACGUGUAGUUGCUGUUUGAAUUAAAAGGAAAAUAUAUGUAUUUGAAUAGGUGUAUAAAUACAAAAAUGUCUUGAACUUAUAAACUGCUUGUGUGGACAUGGUCUGGGAGGCUGGAGACAGGUGGGAGUCUUUAUAACCUUUGUAUCCUGAAUUUUGAGCCAUGUGACUGUCUUACUACAAAAAUAAAUACAACUAUUAAUACAAAAAGAUUUUGCAGGGUCGGCCAGAUGGCUCAGUUGGUUAGAGCCCGAGCUCUCAACAAGGUUGCCGGUUCAUUGCCCGCAUGGGAUGGUAGGUUUCACCCCCUGUAACUGAAGAUUGAAACCAGCCACUGGACUUGGAGCUGAGGCUGCGUCCUCCACAAGUAGGCUUUGAAGGACAACGACUUGGAGCUGAUGCGCCCUUGAAAACACACUGUUCCUCAAUAUUCCCCAAUCAAAUAACAAAAAAGAUUUUGCAACAGUUCUUCAAAGACAGCCUAUUCUGAGGAAACCGGAAUGGAGUGGAGACAGAUCUGUUCAUUACAGAAGUAAAUGUUUGAAACAGCUGUCCAUCAGACAAGCAUUUAAGAUAGGAUGCAUUGGGGGAACUGAAGCCUCAACUGCACACAAUUUUGCAGUUUCACAAAGCAGUUGGUCCUAAGCCAUAGCAGCGGCCUUAGCUUAUCUUUAGGCCUCUUAGAGGUUGUGGGGGCCGGGGGUGGGAGUCCCUUUACUCCAGCUUAUAAAUCUUAGCUAGCUCCUCCCAGGCUUUUCUUGAAUGUUUUGUGUACGCAAGGAAAUUUAAUAGGUGAGAUUAUUUGGGCAGAGAAAGGGCUUACCCCACCCCUUCCAGUUCAUAUUUACACAUCCUCAACGCUACUUGGUUUGUGGAGACUUGUGAACUGCAUAUGGCUUUAAACGCUACAGGAAAAGAGCAGAAACUUUAUUACAUUCUUUAUUCACCCGCAUCCCACCUCCCCAGUGAGGGAGUGGGGCAAAGCCUACGACUAAAGCCAGGGUCAGGAUCCAAGCCCAAGUAAGGACAGAGGGAUUGUGAUGGCACUAAAUCUAUUUUUGCGAUUUGGAUCUCUGGUAUAACUCAAAUUAAUCAGUGUAAUUUAGGACUUUUUGAAAGCUUUCUUUUCUUUGCCUCUUAAUGAUUCUGCUUCCUAUAUAUUUACUAUGCAGUGUCAAUGUUUCUAUUCAGCCCAGUGCGGGCCCGGUGACUGGGAGAGGUUUUGCAUCUGUAUGGGAUCCCCUCUCCCGGCUCCAAUUUAAAUCUACAUAACUUAUGCAAAGGUUGCGAUAAUCAGCUUUACAACACUUCCCCCACCCCCAACUACAGGCAAACAGAAAACUUGAGGAAACAAAGACUCCAGCCAGUAGUUUCCAGCAGACUCUGCCCAGCCAACUCUCCUCUUACUUUAAUAAAUCUUCUAUAUUUCUAUCUAACUCGGGAAUCUUUCACCGCCCACGAGCGAACAGCCACAGCUUUCCCGUGCUUUUCUCAAGCCCCCUUUCAUGCGUUUCUGUCUCGUGUCCAUCCUCGAUAUCACUGGUGGCUGGAUCUGCGGGGGGAGGGGGCGCCUGCCCCGCGACAGAGACCGGACUCAUCCUCUAGCGGCCGGUGGCAAGGAUUCCUUUGUCUCCCAGUCUCUGUCUUCGGCUGGAACGGCGCCGGGCUUCGAGGUAAAGACUCACGUCCGGACUGGCCCCAUCCGCCACAGGACCGGUAGUUUUAAAGGAAAGCCAGGAUUCGGCGCUCGAGAGAAAGAGCACACUCGAGGAUCGCUUAAAGGCCGCGUGGGAAUCCACGGGGGCACGACGACCGUCACUGCGCAGGCGUCAAUCUUCCCUUCUAGACACUGCAAUUCCCAUAAGGCCAUGCAGUGUCUUCUGCGCCGAUAAAGCUCCGGAGCUUCGUCCGCUCCGAAAGGGCUCAGGAACUCUCGCCGCACUGCAUUAUGGAAUAGAUAGUCUAAUAGAAAACGUCUUCGUGCACAAAUCCCGACCAAGCUCACGUGUUUACCUUGUGCACUGGAGGCGGCGGCGGCUGGGGUCGGGGGAAGUAUCAAUGAAGAGUGGCUACCACGUUUCGUCAUAAAACCGCGACCAGACGGGCGGCGCCAUCUUCGAACUUGGACUUCCGGAAGGACUUUGGUGAGGGUCCAGGGUGUGACAGCAGAGUGAUGAUCCGUGCUUUCGCUGAAUGUUACGAGCUUCAAAGGAACAAGGUUUUUUACAAGAGGAGGACUAUUGAUCAAGAAGUGGCAUUGGAGAGGAGUUGAGAAAACAUUGAUCACAUUUUCUACUCUGGGGGGCUGCCAUUUUAGGGGGUGCUGAUGGAUACCUGCGGGGUCGGCUCUGUUGCCCUGGGGGAGGCCGGCCCCGUGGGGAACAUGACUGUAGUAGAUUCUCCUGGACAAGAGGUGCUAAACCAGCUUGAUGUCAAGACCUCUUCAGAAACAACUAGUAUGGAGACUUCCAUAGAGAUGUCUUUACCUACCCCUUUGUCUGGAUUUGAGGAUUCUCUUGAUGAGAGGAAGCUCUCUCCAGAACAGGAAAGCCUCUCCAGACUGGAACAGCAAGAUCUUUCUUCAGAGAUGUCAAAGAUCUCAAAGCCCAGGGCCUCAAAGCCCGGCCGGAAGAGAGGUGGUAGGACACGGAAAACCUCAAAAAGGCCCCGACAACAACCGAGUCCUCCAUCAGCGCCUCUGGUUCCUGGUCUCUUAGAUCAGUCCAACUCUCUCUCUGCCCCCAUGCCUAAGAAAAGAGGGCAGAAGUCCAAGGCAGAGUUGCUCCUCCUGAAGUUGUCAAAAGGCAUUGAUCAGCCAGAGUCUCCACCUCCAAAGAGGCCCCCUGAGGACUUUGAGACCCCGCCUGGGGAACGACCCCGCCGAAGGGCUGCCCAAGUGGCACUUCUGUACCUUCAGGAACUGGCUGAGGAGCUCUCCACAGCCCUGCCUGCUCCAGUGUCCUGUCCUGAGAGCCCCAAGGUGAGCAGCCCCACCAAACCAAAAAGAACCCGGCAACAGGCAACCUGUCAAGGUGGAGAAGAAAAGGAUGAUGCCGCACGGGAUGAAGACUUUGUUCUCCAGGUUGAGGCUGAAGAUGCAGAAGAAAGUGAGGCCCCAAGUGAGAGCUCAUCUGACCCCGAGCCUGCCAUGCCCCGAAGCACCCCACGAGGAUCCACUUCAGUGAAGCAGAAGCCACACUGCCGGGGAGUGGCUCCCAAUGGUUUACCAAAUCACAUCAUGGCUCCCGUUUGGAAGUGCCUCCAUCUCACCAAGGACCUCCGAGAACAGAAGCAUUCAUACUGGGAGUUUGAAGAAUGGAUUCCUUUAGCCUGGAAGUGGCACUUGUUAUCUGAAUUUGAGGCCGCUCCCUACCUGCCCCAGGAGGAGAAGUCGCCCCUGUUUUCUGUACAACGUGAAGGACUUCCUGAAGACGGCACACUCUACCGAAUAAACAGAUUCAGCUCGAUCACAGCCCACCCCGAGCGCUGGGAUGUGUCCUUUUUCACAGGGGGACCUCUCUGGGCUCUGGACUGGUGCCCAGUGCCAGAAGGGGCAGCAGCCUCACAGUAUGUGGCCCUUUUCUCCAGCCCUGACAUGAAUGAGACACACCCACUGAGCCAACUCCAUUCGGGUCCGGGGCUGCUCCAGCUCUGGGGCCUUGGGACCUUGCAGCAAGAAAGCUGUCCUGGCAAUAGGGCCCACUUUGUCUAUGGCAUUGCUUGUGACCACGGCUGCAUCUGGGACCUCAAGUUCUGCCCCAGUGGAGCAUGGGAACUUCCAGGCACCCCUCGGAAGGCUCCUCUGCUGCCCCGGUUGGGUAUCUUGGCUCUUGCCUGCUCAGACGGGAAGGUGCUGCUGUUCAGUCUGCCCCAUCCUGAGGCCCUGCUGGCUCAGCAGCCCCCAGAUGCAAUGAAGCCUGCCAUCUAUAAGGUACAAUGUAUGGCAACUCUUCAAGUGGGGUCUAUGCAAGCUUCAGACCCCUCUGAGUGCGGUCAGUGCCUUAGCCUGGCCUGGAUGCCCACCCGGCCCCACCACCACCUGGCCGCUGGAUACUAUAAUGGCAUGGUGGUUUUCUGGAACCUUCCCACUAACUCUCCCCUACAGCGGAUACGGCUCUCUGAUGGCUCUUUGAAGCUCUACCCCUUCCAGUGUUUCCUAGCCCAUGACCAGGCUGUGCGUACCCUUCAAUGGUGCAAAGCUAACAGUCAUUUCAUAGUCUCUGCAGGGAGUGACCGGAAAAUCAAAUUCUGGGACCUUCGACGACCUUAUGAACCAAUAAACUCUAUCAAGCGCUUCUUGAGUACAGAACUGGCCUGGCUGCUCCCCUACAAUGGUGUCACUGUGGCUCAGGAUAACUGCUAUGCCUCUUAUGGACUCUGUGGGAUUCAUUAUAUUGAUGCUGGUUACCUUGGUUUCAAGGCCUACUUCACUGCUCCUCGAAAAGGCACUGUCUGGAGCCUUUCAGGAUCCGACUGGCUUGGGACAAUAGCCGCAGGAGAUAUAUCCGGGGAGCUCAUUGCUGUUAUAUUACCUGAUAUGGCACUGAACCCGAUAAAUGUCAAGCGACCUGUAGAGCGAAGAUUUCCUAUAUAUAAAGCAGAUCUGAUGCCAUAUCAGGACAGUCCUGAAGGUCAAGACCGCUCUUCUGCUUCAUCUGGGGCUCCCAACCCUCCCAAGGCUCGAACUUAUGCCGAAACCGUCAACCAUCACUACUUGCUUUUUCAAGACACAGAUUUGGGUUCAUUCCACGAUCUGCUCCAAAGAGAACCAAUGCUACGCAUGCAGGAGGGAGAGGGGCAGUCGCAGCUCUGCCUGGACAGGCUGCAGCUGGAAGCUAUUCAUAAGGUACGUUUCAGCCCAAACCUGGACUCCUAUGGAUGGCUGGUAUCUGGGGGGCAGUCAGGGCUGGUUCGGAUCCAUUUUGUCCGUGGACUCACCUCCCCACUGGGCCACCGUAUGCAGCUUGAAAGCCGAGCCCACUUCAGUGCUAUGUUCCAACCACCCUGCCCUACUACAGGGUCUGGCUUCUCUCCAACCAGCCAUUGCCUUCUGCCCAGUCCCUAGUUCUGGUCCACACAGGACCCUUGGAAUGAAGUCUGCCAAGAACAAAUGGCCCCCAUGCACAGGCCAUAGGAACUGGGGCCUUCCUGGACAGUGAUGCUGCCAGGCCUGAACCUUUAGACCUGUCUCCCCAGGACUCCUUAGAUACCUCUCCUUCCACAGACUUCUCCUGGUAUUACAGCCCUCUGCGGGCAAGGGGGCUCGUCCUCCACAAACUCUUAAGGCUCCUCAGCCUAAAACUAUGGCUCACGAGAAACACUCAGGCCUGACCUAGGCUUGGGAGUCAAAUUGCUCAUAUUGAGCAUAUUGUGAAGUGGGUAACCUAAGUAAAGGUACUGGGUGUUUUGGAGACCACGUGAGUGGAUGUUUGGAGAACUGGAAAGGGUAUCUGCAUGAAGGCUCCUGUCCAUAUUCCAGGAUCCAGUAUUACUGCCUUCCCAGCUUCCUCUUUAGAGUAACCAACACACAGGCCCAUGAAGGAGUGAUAGUAAUUUAUUGGACUGAAGUUGCUUAUACUAGUUCUUUAAGGAACACCACAAAUUCCCUACCAGUAGAACAGUGGCUCAGAUCUUACUUGCUCCUGCUUAUGAAAUAUUCCUGAUCACUGGUCAUCUGACCCUACUUGAACACUCCUAGACAGUCUUGUUUUAAAACAUCCUCCUUUAUAUCAAGUCAGAGAGUAUACCUCUAUAGAUUUUACCAUGGGUAUUAGGAAACCUAGUCAUUCUUCCCUGUGAUUGCCCUUUUAAGUAGUUUAAAAUAGUUAUCAUGUGUUUCCCAAAUCUUCUCUAGAUUAAAUAUCGUCAGUUACCUUAACCAUU